AUGCUGCAGGUGGAGACGCCCGCGUCGCAGCUGGUGCAGCAAUGUCCCUACAAACGCGCCUGCGGCUUCACAUCCCUUGGCGCAAUGGCCUGCCGUGAUGUUGCGCGUCAGACAGCACUCAUGGGUCUGCAGCUGCCGCUGGGCGCGGCAGCCGGCGGCGUAAGUGCGCGGAUGUGGGCUGCGUUCGCAGAGCUGAACCAUCUUUUGGCGGCCCACCCUCAUGCAAUCCGCGGCAACAGCAUCAGCUUCCGCUCUGUGCCCCGCACCGGCCGCUACGAGCUCUGGACGCGCUAUGCCCGCACUCAGGGCCUGAGCGCCGAGGCUGCGCGCGCGGCAGCGGCGGGCGCGGCGGCGCCGCUGCCCGCGUGGUUGGGACUGGCCCUGGCUGUCAUUGGCUCAUGCCUGAGCGGCUACCCUGACGCCAGCGCCACAGAGUACGAGGUGCACAUGCCCGGCUAUAUGCUGGCCUGGGCGGCACGCUGGGGUGUCGGCGACUCCAGCGGGGCUACCAUCAAGCUGCUACAGAUCGAGGCGUUUUCUGGCAGCAGCGGGGGCAUGAGCGGCAGCCAGCGGCCAGCUCAGUCGCUGUAUCUGCCCGUGGGGAUGUGA